AUGGGAAAAGAUAGUAAGGAGGUGAAACAGGAAACGCAGGAUGACUUGGAGGCAAUCACCAAUGACAUAAAGAAGAUGGCCAACAAUGCAAGAAACAAACUUAAGACCAUCGAGAGGAAUCUGGAGUCAGAGGAGCAGGAAAGGGUGUCGGCUGACAUUCGGAUACGUAAAUCACAGCAUGCAGUGCUGUCCAGGAAGUUUGUGGAGGUAAUGACAAAGUAUAAUGAAGCCCAGGUGGACUUCAGGGAGAGGAGUAAAGGACGUAUUCAGAGACAACUAGAGAUCACUGGAAAAGCAACAACAGAUGACGAACUGGAGGAGAUGUUGGAGAGCGGCAAUUCUGCGGUGUUUGCUGCAGGGAUCGUGGAUGCUGGGGUCUCUAAACAAGCUCUGAGUGAGAUUGAAGCCAGACACAAAGACAUUGUCCGUCUGGAAAGUAGCAUCAAGGAGCUGCACGAUAUGUUUGUAGACAUCGCCAUGCUGGUGGAGAGCCAGGGUGACAGUAUUGACAACAUAGAGCAGAAUGUAGCCAAGUCAGAGGACCAUAUAACAGAGGCUAGGGAACAGACCAAGAAGGCUAUAAGGCAUCAGGGCAAAGCACGCAAGAAGAUGAUCAUAAUUGGUGUUGUCUGUGCUGUGGUCCUUGUCAUCCUCCUCAUCAUCAUCCUCACACAGACAGUGUAAAAGGACUGCUGCCAUCAUCAGUUCAUUCGUCCUCCAUCAACUGGCCCAACAAAGAGAAGGCUAAUGCUGAUCACUCUAUAAUGGAUAAGAUAAUAUUUAUAAAAACAGAAGGACAAGUGUUAUAUUUGACCUCUGGAAAAAAGAAGAUCUACAAGACUUGUUAUAAUUAUGCAGACUUUUUAGCCAAUCAGAACCCCCCUUUCUGUCAGUGAGGGUCUGUUUGACCCCACUCUGCUUUGGCAGUUUGAGGAUGCUCUGUUGCACAUGAGGAAAUAAGACUGACGCUGACAUGAGGUGCAAUAGCUGUUGUAACUCUAUGGAGGAGAAAGGAGAAUUGAAAAUUAACUGAUCACUUUAGCGUCACUAAACAUUUCAUUGUCCAACAUUUGAUUUGUUCCUCAUCUGAAAUUGAUUUUAAACGUCCAGUAAGUUGGACCCAUGUGAAGCCCUGUAGAAGCACAUCACCUCCCUUAUCAUAAUUUCUUGCCUUUUUAUGAGCCUUGACACAUUUUGUGAUUUAAAAAAAUAGCUACUGUAUGUUCACUGUAUUGGGUUUGGGGGGGGUUCCAGCACUUUCACAUUUCAAAAUAUGUUUAUUUUUCUGUAAUGAAGCUCAGAUGAUCAUGUGAAUAAUAAUAAUUAUUAUUAUUUGUGUUGUUUAUAUGUAGCCCUUUAUUUGGCUAGUUUCUUUAACUUGAAGAGGAUCGGCGUGCUCACUUGUGAUUCUUCAGUUUGUAGAGCCCAGUGGUUCUGGUGUUUUUAAAUGAAGGAUGAUGCUUGUACAAACAAAUGUUAUGCUUAGGUGAAGCUAAGAUGAGCAAAUAAAAUACAGGUUAGGUAGAUAAACACGCAUCCAGUGCUUUAAGACUUAUCCAAACCCUGCUGCAUCUUGGAGAAAUGCCUGAAUAUUCGUUUAUUUUUGUUAACCCGCUAAAAAGUUGACCAUCUUGACCUCUUACAUAGAGAGCUGAUUCUCUCCUGUUGAAGAGCUGUAAAAACGUUUGUUUUAAUGCCAAUGAGACUUAUAGUGACCCUAGAUAUUUCCAUUUCAGUGCAGAAUAGUCUUAUAAGUAAAUCAUAGUAAUAUAUUUAUUAUACUAUUUAAUGGUGUGAAUGGUCAGUUAGGCCUCCCUGACUGGUCGCACUUCACCAGUGGGAUUAGCAUUUCCUGGCAUAUUCUAGGUGUCCAUAUAUUUCUGCUGUAAAACCACACGUCAGUUGCCAACAUUUCAAACUAUUGCAUUCCAAUACAACAGCCCUGUGAUCAAUCCUAUUCUCGUGAACUUUUAAACGAGUCUGAGUUCAUUGAUACAAAGAGACUAAACUACAUUUCUGAGGAACUGAACCCAACCUUGAAAGAGACCAUUAGGUUGAGUCCACACAUAUCUGCAACAGUUCAAACCGAACCUAUACAUAACUAGAAGGGCAUUUGGAGAACUCAGACCUCUGCCAAGGCUAAAUGUCCUACAUAGCAAUGUUAACCAAAAAAAGAAAAUUAUUUGUAUGUCUGAUUUAAAAAAAAAAAAAAAAAAUGUGUUUACCAAUGUCCAAGCCUUUCACUAAGUUUCCUGAACAUCCAGCCAGCACUUUUUCCAUUGUCUUACUGACAAACAGACAAACAAGCUUGGUGAGAUGAUGAAAAUCAGUACUUAUCUAAACCAAAUGAAGUUGAGAUUUAUUACAGGGCUGUCGAAUGCAUUACUUUUAGCUGAGUGUACCUUAAAACUGGCAACAUAUUGUAUUUCUGGUUUGUCACUAUCAUUUCAUUAGGUGUUUUUAUCUCGGUAGAGUAUCUAACAGAGAGUUUAUUGAACCACCAUGCGCAUGUAAUCACCCAGAGCUUUAAUAUGGCAGUUACAGCAGGUGAUUCAGGCUGUGCACACAGACCAU